AUAAUCCAUUUUUUUUGGUUUGUUUUGAAUUAUACAGGCAUUGGUGUCAACUUUGGGAGGAAUGGUGACAAUCUUCCAUCCCCUCAAAAUGUUGUAGGCCUUUACAACAAAUGUGGCAUUAAGCUUCUAAGACUUUUUGAGCCAAGUCCUGAUAUAUUAGAAGCAUUAAAAGGUUCUAACAUACAAGUGAGUCUUGGAGUAAGAAAUCAAGAUUUGCAAAGCUUAGCAUCAACCAAAGAGGCUGCUAGCCAAUGGGUCAAUACUAAUGUUGCACCUUACAAAGGUGGUGUAAAUUUCCAAUGGAUUGUAUUGGGAAAUGAGAUUAUUCCAGGUGCUCAAGCAAGUUUUGUUACUCAAGCCAUGCAAAAGAUUAAAGAUGCAUUAACUUCCAUUGGCUUAACUGAUAUUAAAGUGACCACAUCAUUUUAUAUGCAAGGACUUGCAUCGUCUUACCCUCCAUCUGCAGGUGCAUUUACUAAUGAUGUGGUGAAUGUUAUGAAAGAUGUUACUGCUUAUCUACAUCAAACUGGAGCACCCCUUAUGGUUAAUGUGUACCCUUACUUUGCUUAUGCAUCAAAUCCAAAAGAUAUUAAGUUAGAAUAUGCCACAUUUCAAGCCGUAGCUCCUGUAGUGGACGGUGAAUUGAGUUAUACUAACCUUUUCGAUGCAAUGGUUGAUUCAAUUUAUGCAGCAUUGGAAAAAAUAGAUGCAAAAAAUGUUUCUCUAAUUAUUGGAGAAACUGGUUGGCCUGCUGCAGGGAAUGACCCUUACACAAGUAAAGAAAAUGCUAAGACAUAUAACACAAACUUGAUUCAACAUUUGCAGAGUGGUAAAGGCACACCAAGAAGACCAAACCAAGCUAUAGAUGCGUUUAUAUUUGCGAUGUUCGAUGAGGACCAGAAGGCAGCUGGAGUGGAGCAGAAUUGGGGACUCUUUUAUCAUGACUUGACUCCUGUUUAUCCUCUUCUAAGUUGUUGAUUUGUAACAUUGAAUAAAUCAAAUUGUAUAAAUAUGAUAUAAAUGUUUGUCAUUCAUUCAUAAACAAUGCGAAAAAAC